AUGGUCGUUACACGUUUUAAAGAUUUUCCCCAUGUACGUCCUUUGAUAACUACAGCAGUCGUUUUAUGGAUUUGCGUAAUUAUCUAUUUGAGUUCCAGUUUCUUCAAUUUGGAAAGUAGUGAUCAGCAAAAUUUAGCUUGUCAAAAUUUACUGGAUGUAAUUACUGGUUUAAAAUCGCAAGUCGAUAUCGGGUCGGCAAAUUUAAGAAUAUUUCUUACGUCGUACAAUGCUAAAAACAAAAAAGAAAAUACUAUUGUAAAAAGAGUUGGGAUACAUGGUAUGUCAUAUGAAAUCUUACGACGUCGUGCUUUGCAGUAUGCUCGUGAAGUCAAGUAUAGUCUUGUUCAACUUGAUAAUGUGGGUGUGAAAAUAAAAACUAUUGAAAACUACUCUUUAAUCAAACCGUUAGAAGAAGUGCAAGUCUCACUGGAGCGAUUAAAAAGUCAGUUACAAGAUAUUUCAUUACACUUGCACGUUGAUAUUGAUGGAAUUGGACGAGUUGACGGUGUGUUGGAAUCACGAAUGAAUUAUCUGGAAUAUUUAUCAAAUGAACUUCAAAGUGAAUUAUUCCAAUUGCAGAAUCCCUCAAGUUGUACAAAAGCUAAAUAUGUGGUUGCCUCGUUAAAUAAACCUUGUGCAUUCGGUUGUAAUGCCCAUCAUUUAAUGCACUGUUUUCAAAUGGCCUAUGCAACUGGGCGUACAUUAAUCUUGAAUCCUACUGAUGGGGAGGAAUACACACACUGGUGGAUAAAAAACUUUUUGCCAUUAUCUCAGAAAUGCAGUAUAAAUGACAUUCAGUCAAAUAUCCAUUCUGAUUUUUUUGAUGGGAAGGCGUUUAAUACCUAUCAAGCAAUUACGUGUCCGCACAUAGAAACAAUAAGCUCUUCAUUUGAUUGGAUCCCUCAAGCUGUUCCCAGUCAUUUGAACAAAUUACUUGCGCGUUUACAUGGUGCCCCAUUUGUGUGGUUCAUUGGUCAGUUGGGUAAAUUUUUAAUGCGUCCAUCGUUUAACUUCCCUGAAGAAUUUAAAAUAUUCGACGAUCAACAUGAGAAUCCAGUUGUUGGUAUUCAUGUCCGACGUACGGAUAAAAUAAAUACUGAAGCGAGUUUUCACAGUUUAGAAGAAUAUAUGACUGAAGUUGAGAGCCAUUUCCAAUUCAUAGAUGCCAAACGUCAAAUGAUGUCUAGAACUGAAGAGUGGAGAAAUGACAUCAAAUCGCCGUUUCGUCAUAAUGUAUAUCACCAAUUAAAACCAGUACAACGACGUGUGUAUAUAGCUACAGACGACCCUAGUGUAUUUAAUGAAACUAAAUUAAAGUAUCCCAACUAUAUAUUUUAUGGUAAUCGCGGACGUGCUAAUUCAGCUUCUGUCUUCAGACGAAAAAAUGAAGAUUCUAUUAUGGGUGUGGUAACUGACGUGUUCGCUUUAUCAAGAACGAAUUAUUUAGUUUGCACUUUUUCUUCACAGGUUUGUCGAUUAGCUUACGAAUUGAUGCAGUCUAAUCAUUUAGAAUUAGGUGAUGCAAGUCAACAAUUUCGUUCAUUGGAUGAUAUAUAUUACUUCGGUGGACAACAAGCCUCACCAUAUGAAGUAUUAAUAUCAAGCAAAGAACAUGGUUUAUCUCCUGGUGAUUUAGUCCACUUCCAUGGUAAUCAUUGGAAUGGUUACGCAAAGGUUGAAAAAUUGAAUACUAAUCGUAAAGUAAUGGCACCAGCAUUUAAAUUCUCUCCAAGAUUAAUAACUGCUCCUAUGAUCGGUGCACAUGGAAAUCGGUCUGAAUUUAUUAUUGAUUAUAAAUAA